UGUCCAACAUCCGGAAGGGUGGGAACCUGUCUUCAAGUGCAGAUCACAGCAGGUUGCGUUCAGUCGCAGGCAGUUCCGCGUGUGUGUGUUUGUGUGUGUAUUUGUGUGUAUGUUUGUGUGUAUUUGUGUGUAUGUUUGUGUGUGUGUGUGUGGAAACGCUGAUCAGGAAUACACAGUGUUUAAGGAGCUGCAGGAGAUGGCGCGUGCAGGCUGAUGGUUCAGAAGGUGGUGUGGGACACAGCUCACCUGGGUGAUAUGAUAGGAAGAAGUGCCAGAAAGUUCCACUGCCACCCCGUUCCCUUUACACAAGUUUUCCACAAAUCACAGUGUACUUGCAUGAAACAUUUGUGAGCCUAUUUCACUGGCGCGUCUCCAAUCCUUUGAGAAGAAAUUCCGAGAAAGCUCAUUUGCACUGUUAAAACCUUAAAUGCUAUGAGUACCCAGCCAAGGAGAAUCCGUCUGAAGCCGUGGCUGCUGGCUCAGGUGAACAGUGGGAAAUACCCUGGCCUCAACUGGCUCAACAAGGAGUGUCGCUUAUUUCAGAUACCUUGGAGACAUGCCACACGCCAUCUGCCCACCCCGGAGGAGGAAAACACUAUAUUCAAGGCCUGGGCGCUGGAGACGGGGAAGUACCAGGAGGGUGUAGAUGAGCCUGAUCCGGCCAAGUGGAAGGCCAACCUGCGAUGCGCACUCAACAAGAGCCGGGAGUUCAUGCUGAAGUAUGAUGGAACCAAGGAGACACCGAUGCAACCAUACAAGAUUUAUGAGGUGUGCGAUCUGCCAGUUAAUGGAGAUGAGGGUGAGGAUGAUGAGGAAGAGCUGCCAAAUUUUGCACACCUCUCCAUCAACCCCUGUAUCCCUGAGCCUCCCAGCUACCCAGCAUUCCCAGCCAACCCAGGUGAUGCAUUCCUUCUGCCUUCUAUGCCACCUGGCUUUCCUGAUCACAGCCAUAUCGCUCCUACUGUGAAACAGGAGGAGCACCUAUUCAGGGAAGCUGUUCCAAAUGGACAUGGUCUGGGCACCAGGGUCAUAGCACCAUCUGCUGUUCCCCACACUGUUGACAUGCCAGACACCAUGGAGGACAGUCCUAUGCCAGAGGUGAGGCCUGAGGUAGAGAGCCAAGUGCAGCCAUGCAUCUCUGACCUGCUGAGCAGUCCUCAUAUGCUGCCCCUAACUGACCUCGACAUUAAGUUCCAGUAUCGCGGACACACCAUGGGCUCUAUGACUGUGAGUAAUCCUCAGGGCUGUCGGCUUUAUUCUGGUAAUUUGGCACCGACACCGGAGCAAGUGGAGCUAUUCGGGCCCAUCACACUGCACCAGGUGCUGUUCCCUGGAACUGCAGAGAUCCAAAAUGAGAAGCAGCGCUUCUACACUGAGCAUCUGCUAGAUGUGAUGGACCGUGGCCUCAUCCUGGAGAUCCAAGGCCAGGACAUCUACGCUGUGCGUUUGUGCCAGUGCAAAGUGUUCUGGUCCGGGCCGGGAGUUCCUGAGGCGGGCCAGCCUAACCCGAUGGAAAGGGAGCGCAAGAUCAAUGUGUUCAGUCUCAAUAACUUCCUGCAGGGACUCAUCAUGUACCAGAAGGGCGAGGUGCCGACUCCCCCACCCUUUGAAAUUUACUUCUGCUUUGGGGAGGAUUGGCCUGACAGAAAACCCAAAGAGAAAAAGCUCAUAAUUGUCCAGGUCGUGCCUGUAGUUGCGAGGAUCCUGACUGAGAUGUUCUCCGGAGAGCUCUCAUGGUCCACAGACAGCAUCCGCCUCCAGAUCUCCAAUCCUGAUCUGAAAGACCAGACUGUUGAGCAGUUCAAGGAGCUCCACAGACUGUUGCAAAAUCAACAAGCCCAGGCCUCAUGGCACCAGAACAUCCACUAACAGUGGACACUCAGUCACAUCAUCAUCGCAUGGUCCAGCUCAGGAGGAGUGCAGCUGCCCUGCAUUGGUUUAAAAGAGUGCGUCUUGGAGAUCAGCUCCAUUUGUACAUGACACAAUACUGUUGUGGGAGGUUAUUUGAUUAGUUAUUAGAUUUGUCCUGGUUCUGAGAAUGAAAGUUCCACACUCAGAGCUGCUUAUUUGAGCUAUGGGUAGUAGGGUGCUCUUCAGGGAAUAAUACUGAAAUGUUUACAACCCUCAGUGCAUUUCAGCUUGCAUCAUGUGCCAAGUGAUUGACGUUGUGAUGAACAUCAUCAUAAUCGCUGUUUUCUUAUAGUACACACUGGUUUCUAAAUGCUGUACGCCAUCAGAGUUGGAACGAAGAAUAAUUCAACGACAGCAAUAAUAAAGUCAAAGGAAUUUGUAGUAGAAACAAGUUUCCACUCAUGCCUUUGUUUCCAACUAAGAACUUUCCGAUCCUGUAUUUACUAGUAGUGCUCUCGUACCAAAAAGCUACAUUGGGACCAUCAGGGCUGAUUUAAUUGUUGUGUGAAACGUGCAUAAAAUUCUGUUGUGUGCCAAAAUGUAUUAUUUUAACUUUGCUUGUGUUUCAAUAAAUAACAGACUAGUUCUGGA